AUGCUAAAUGUGAUCACUCAAACCUUCUCUAUUCCAGAUUUCGAAAAAAAUGUGACAUCAGAAAAAACUAUGAACAAUAUAAAAAGUCUCCGAAAACCACAUCAAAAAUCUCUUUGGAGCGAUCCACAUGCGCACAUGGAAGUCCUCAUUUAUAUAAUGGUUGCUACUCUCAUGGCUAUUUACUACGAUUACUUAACUCUCGGAGAAUUAAGAGCAUACCUGCAAUACAAUAACAUCACAUUAUCAUUUAUGCAUACAAAAUACAAUAUCGAUGUUGUAAAUGAAACAAGAACGAUUAUAAAAGGAAAUCAUGAAUCAGAUAAAAAAUACAUUUUAGAAGAUGAAUACCAAAAACGUAUGGGCGGCAUCUUCUUUAUGAAUUCAUCUCUAGAACGUACGAAUGCUACAUAUAUUGACUUAAUGUACGUCUAUGUUUGCGCAUUCGGUGGUUGCGUUCAAUCUGAUGGUAAAAUCUAUUUACCAGAGAGAGACAGAAUAUUCUUAAAGCUUGGAGAAGCAGGCCAAGUUGUUGGCUACUACGAACAUGUUGUUGCCUCAGGAAAUCGUUGGGCAGCAAUGUACGCGCAUUGGAUGUAUGAUUGCGUUGCAUAUCUACUUUUUAUUCCAGAAGAAAUCAGAAAGAAAUCUGUUUUCCUUUUACCAGUAAAUUCAACAAUUUACAGCGAAGCCGUCGAAACUCUUGGAUUUAACAAGUCUCUUGGUCAAAUUCUUUACCUAAACAGCUCACAAUGGGUGUUUGCAAGGCAUUUCCAUACAGUUUACACUCCAGAAUCAAUUCAUGGCUGUAUGAUUUGGGCAGUACACGAAUUAGGAAGGAAAUGGAAAGAAUUAUACGGUCUAAAUGCUACAGUACCUACAGAUUACGCUCUUUACAAUCGUCCUUACGGAAAUAGAUAUAUUAUUGAAUUUGACGACUUCUGUUACUCGAUACAGAUGCGAUUCCCUGAAUACAGAUGGAUCAAGCUACAAACUCUAUAUCCUACAUUCAAAGAAUCCGUUAUUGCAUACAGUCAUGUGAAAUUAUUGUUUGCUCCAGCAGGAUCUAACUGGGCAAACGUCAUUUUCAUGAACAAGAACACUGCUGCUGUAUGUGCAAUGGCUGAUACCAAUGAUAUUCCUGUUCUUGCCGUUUGCGAAGUCAUGAACAUUUGGUUGUCAACUUUCCCGAUACCAGGAAUGAGACACCACGGUGGAGUUUCCGGUAAAAUGGACUUCGAGAUAGCAAUUAAGGCUGUACAAAAGGCACUGUUUGCAUUAGAUCACGGAAGAUGGCCAACAACCACAGAAAUAUAA